UCUCUGAAGAAGGUGUGCUUGUGGGACUCCCAACUUCUUCUGAUUACAGUCUCUGAGGACAAAACUUUUGCUCAAUCUCUCUGCUCCGGAUCUCUCCUUUGAUUCUAUCUCUCUCUCGCUGUGGAAUAACAAUGGGUGUGGCGGAGAGACCCACAGUUCGGGUCUCAAACAUCCCUCAAAACGUGACGGCCCACGACCUCCUUCACUUCCUCGAGUCCACUCUCGGCCCCGACUCUGUCUUCGCCGUCGAUAUAUUCACUGAGCGUAAGAACUGGAAAUCCCGGGGCUUCGGCCGCGUCCAGUUCACCACCCUCGAGGUCAAGUCCAAGGCUCAGUCACUUGCGCUAACCUUCAACUCCCACACCCUCAGGUUCUCAGAGACGUUCGACGACAUCGUUGUCCGCCCCGUGCAACCCAAGCAUCGCCUCGAGAACUGCGUUCUGCACGUGGGUUUCAUGGUGAAAGAGGAUCGCAUGAGUGUUCUAGAGUCGUGGGAGGGCGUGAGGGUUUGGGUCAUGCCUGAGAGGGGGCGGGUGGAGUUCUGGUUGUGGCAGGGUGGGGAGUGUUAUAAAAUGGAGGUUUUGCUUCCGGAGGUUUUAGAGGCAGUUGGGUGUGGUUUUGAAGGAGAUGUCAAUGCACUUCUUUUGAAGCUCAAACACGGGCCGAAGAUCUAUAAAAGAAUUUCUGGACCCAAUAUAUUUUCAAAAUUUAGUGCUGACCGUUACCAUAUAUGCAAGGAAGAUUUUGACUAUCUUUGGGUUCGCACAAUAGACUUUUCUGUUACGAAGUCAAUUGGACAAUCGACUUCAUUUUAUUGGGAAAUUGAAGGAUUAUCCGCUUCGGAUAUUUUUAAAUGUUUCCCACGCUAUAGAGAAGAUAUGAAAGAUCUGAUUUUAGAGGAUGGGGAGGAAUUCCGUUCUACAUCUACAAUUGUUCCUCUUGUGAAGUGCGAAUUGAGCUGUAACUUAGCAUAUGAAAUCCUUUUCCAACUCAACUCCCUUGUCCAUACCCAAAAAAUCUGUCUUGCUGGAGCAGGUGCUGAUCUGAUUGAGAUACUUAGCAGAUUAAACGUUGAAACUGCUCUCAUGAUUCUUCAGAAGUUGCACAAGCUGAAUUUCACUUGUUACGAGCCUGUAUCAUUUGUAAAAAUGCAAUUGCAUGUCCUAGGAAGAAACUGUAAAAGGGUUCCCCCAUCUUCCUACAAAAGUUUAGAUCCUAAUGUGAUGAGUUGUCAUAGAGCUCUAGUUACCCCAUCAAAGAUUUAUUGCUUGGGUCCUGAGCUUGAAAGUUCUAAUUAUGUCGUGAAGAAUUUUGCACCAUAUGCUUCAGACUUUAUGAGAGUGAGUUUUGUUGAAGAGGAUUGGGGUAAGCUUCCAGCAAAUGCCAUCUCCACAAGUAUCGAGCGAGGUAUUUUUGCCAAACCUUUUAGAACGGGAAUAUAUCAUAGGAUAUUGUCUGUUCUUCGUGACGGGAUUGUGAUUGGGCCCAAAAGAUUUGAGUUUUUGGCUUUUUCAGCUAGUCAACUCCGAUCAAAUUCUGUUUGGAUGUUUGCUUCUAAUGAAAAAGUAAAAGCAGAAGAUAUCAGAGAAUGGAUGGGGUGCUUCAACAAGAUUCGCAGUGUGUCUAAAUGUGCAGCAAGGAUGGGUCAGUUGUUCAGUUCCUCUUUCCAAACUCUGGUUGUCCCCAUACAAGAUGUAGAGAUUAUUCCUGAUGUUGAAGUAACCUCUGAUGGUAUUGACUACUGCUUCUCAGAUGGCAUUGGAAAAAUUUCUCUGUCUUUCGCUGGCCAAGUUGCUCAGAAGUGUGGAUUGAAUCAAACCCCUUCAGCAUUUCAAAUUCGAUAUGGUGGAUAUAAAGGUGUUGUGGCUGUUGACCGAGAUUCCUAUAUGAAGCUAUCUCUGCGUGGUAGUAUGCUUAAAUUUGAAUCAAAAACUAGGAUGCUUAAUGUCACUAAAUGGAGUGAGUCCAUGCCUUGCUAUCUGAAUAGGGAAAUUAUUUCCCUCUUGUCUACCUUGGGAGUGGAGGACCAAGUAUUUGAGAAACUGCAAGAGGAACAAUUGUGUCUGCUGGGAAAAAUGCUAUCAAAUAGAGAGGCAGCUUUAAAUGUCUUACAGAGCUUGAAUGGCUCAGAUUCUAGAAACAUUCUGGUAAAAAUGCUGCUACAGGGUUAUGAGCCAAAUCAGGAACCUUAUCUCUCAAUGAUGCUUCAAGCGCACUAUGAGAACCUCUUGUCUGAUUUGAAAAGUAGAUGUCGAAUAUUUGUUCCAAAGGGCCGGAUCCUGGUUGGUUGCCUUGAUGAAACUGGUAUUUUAAACUAUGGCCAAGUAUAUGUCCGUGUUACCAUGACAAAAGCUGAACUGCAAUCUUGGGAUCAGAGUUUCUUCCGGAAGGUGGAUGACGCAACAUGUGUAAUUGUAGGUAGUGUGGUUGUAACAAAAAAUCCUUGUCUUCACCCAGGAGACAUCAGAGUCCUUGAGGCCAUCUAUGAAGUGGAUUUAGAGGAGAGAGGUCUGGUGGAUUGCCUUGUCUUCCCUCAGAAAGGAGAACGACCACAUCCAAAUGAAUGCUCUGGUGGAGAUCUUGACGGAGAUCAAUUUUUCAUUAGCUGGGACAAAGAUCUCAUCCCAUCUCAAAUUGAGCCUCCCAUGGACUACACUGGGCGAAGACCCCGUGUAAUGGAUCAUGAUGUGACCUUAGAGGAAAUUCAAAAAUUUUUUGUCGAUUACAUGAUCAAUGAUACUUUGGGUGCCAUCUCUACUGCACAUUUAGUUCUCGCUGACCGUGAGCCAGAUAAAGCCCGAAGUAAAAAAUGUCUAGAGUUGGCAAACCUUCACUCGAUAGCUGUUGACUUUGCAAAGACUGGUGCACCAGCUGAAAUGCCAAGGGUUUUAAAACCAAAGGAAUUCCCAGAUUUCAUGGAGAGGAUUGAAAAACCCAUGUAUACCUCCAAUGGAGUAUUGGGGAAACUGUAUCAUGCCAUUCUUGGCUCAGCAACGCGUGAAAGGUCAAACUUGGUCUCGGAGAAGAUUGGUCAAGUAAUUUAUGAUCAUAACCUUGAAGUAGAUGGUUUCGAGGCCUUUCUUGAAAUUGCAGAAAGUCAUAAGGAGCAGUAUAUAGAGAAACUGAGUACCUUAAUGAAGUACUACGGAGCUGAGAAUGAAGAUGAGAUCCUAACGGGUAAUCUGCGGAACCGUGAAGCAUAUUUGCAGCGUGAUAACAGGAAAUAUGGUGAUAUGAAGGAUCGGAUUUUGCACUCAGUAAAAAGAUUACAGAAUGAAGCCAAAGAAUGGGUUGAAAGUAGCUGCAAAAAUCAUGAACAUCAGCAGCUGGCCUCUGCAUGGUAUCACGUGAGUUUUCACCCAAGUUAUUCCCGGGAAGGCUUUAAUUGCCUUAGCUUUCCGUGGAUCUUAGGUGACAUUUUGCUGAACAUAAAAUCUGUAAAUAGCAGAAAAGUUGAUGGAUAAAACAUGUAUUCAUAUUCUGGAUUUUAUCAGGAAGAACCCCAUCAUAUUUGUACCUGUUUUCCAAAAUAUUCAGUGAUUGGGAAAGUUUUCUGUACCUGAA